UUUUUUUUUUUUUUUUUUUUUUUUUUUUUUUUUUUUUUUCUCCUUCUCCUUCUCUUCUGUUGUGGCCGGCCGGAGGGACUUAAGGGGAGAUCAAUGAAGGAAAGAAGAGCGAGCCAGAAGUUAUCGAGCAAGGCGGUGAUGGAUCCCAACCAGAACGUGAAGUGCAAGAUCGUGGUGGUGGGGGACAGCCAGUGCGGGAAGACCGCGCUGCUGCACGUCUUUGCCAAGGACUGCUUCCCCGAGAGCUACGUCCCCACCGUGUUCGAGAACUACACGGCCAGCUUCGAGAUCGACACUCAGCGCAUCGAGCUCAGCCUCUGGGACACCUCGGGGUCUCCUUAUUACGACAACGUCCGCCCGCUCUCCUACCCCGACUCCGACGCUGUCCUGAUCUGCUUUGACAUCAGCCGGCCAGAAACCCUGGACAGUGUCCUAAAAAAGUGGAAAGGGGAGAUCCAGGAGUUCUGCCCCAACACCAAGAUGCUUCUGGUGGGCUGCAAGUCGGACCUGCGCACCGAUGUCAGCACGCUGGUGGAGCUCUCCAACCACAGGCAGACCCCUGUGUCCUACGACCAGGGUGCAAAUAUGGCCAAACAGAUUGGAGCAGCCACGUACAUCGAAUGCUCAGCCUUACAGUCAGAAAACAGCGUCAGAGACAUUUUUCACGUCGCCACCCUGGCGUGUGUGAACAAAACAAACAAAAAUGUGAAACGAAACAAAUCCCAGAGGGCCACAAAGCGGAUUUCACACAUGCCUGGCAGGCCGGAACUGUCCACGGUGGCCACGGACUUGAGAAAGGACAAAGCAAAGAGCUGCACGGUGAUGUGAAGGAGCUGGGAUUUCCUGGAGGAGGAGGUGGAGGAGGAGGAAGAUCCAGGAGGGGUUGGAGCUCGAUGAAGUCACAGCCACGGGGUGUUUAAUGAGGGCUUUGCCAGCGCUUUCAUGGAGGCUUCUCCUGUUGUGUGAGACUCUGCUUAAGGACUGAGCAGCAGGAAGAAAAGGCUCCCGGAGAGGUGGCGUCAGGAAUUUCUGUUGAAGACAAAUGCCAAAAAAAUAAAUAAAAUAAAAUAAUAAUUGUAAUAAUCAAAGGGAAAACGUUUGAAUGUGCUGAGAGAAGAGGAUGCUUGGGGAAUAACCCUGCAGAGGAGAGUUGUCGUGGACACUGCAAGUUUCUUUUAGUAACGCUUUGCUCCUGGAUGCUACCGCUUUGAUUUCAUUCCAACAAUACUUUAAUGGGAUUUAUAUAUUAUUUUUUUUUUUAAUGAAGACGUUAUUAAUGCGCCCUUCUCGUUAAGGAACUUAUCCCCGUGACCUUAGAGAUGGUUUCCCAAAGGAUUUGAUCUCAUUUUUUUGUUUGUUUGUUUAGUAGCUGAGUGUGAAAAUGGAGAGGAUACCGAGGCCUGUGUGUCAGCUCAGAGGGAAAUUUCGGAGCAGUCUGGAGUUCUGCCUCCCCCAUCCGCGGUGGGGGAUGAAGACAGCUGUUUGAGGAUUCCCAGGAUUUGCGUGGGAAGGAGAUGGAUCGGAUCUGGGGGGCAGGGCUGGAUCCUCUUUGUGGUUGUGAUGAUGUGGAAGUGGUGCCCGGUCCUGGUGUUGCUGUAGGUUGGAGCGGGAGGUGCCGAGAGCUGUGACGGCAGAUGAUGAUCCCUGUGCUUUCCCAACCCUCAUCCUUCCUGAAGCCUUACUGCCCGCCUGGGGAAGCCCCAAAAACCCCUCUGGGCUUCUCCCAGGAGCUGCAGAGCCCAUGGAUCCCGCAGAAAUGCUCUUCUGGGAUGUGGUUCGCUGCAAAAAAAAACCAAACAAAAAACAACAACAACAAAAAAGCCCCUCAAAAAACCUGCGAAUGAGCCAGCAGAGCCUUUUGUGACGCUCCUCCUUUUGGGGUCUGAAGAACUGCGAGGCCUUCAGGGGAACCCCAGUGGGAACUGCCUACUGCCCUUAGUUUUGGGAUUAACACAGAAGUACCCAGCACCCCAAUCCUGAAACGGGGCGAGCUGGUUGAGCCCCAUUCUGCUGUUGUUACACCGAGUUAAAUCAGCCUUUUUCCCCCUUUUCUUCUGUUGUUACACGGAUUUAAAUCACCUUUUCCCCCCUUCCUGCUGUUGUUACACUGAUUUAAAUCAGCCUUUUCCCCCUUUCUGCUGUUGUUACACUGAGUUAAAUCACCUUUUUCCCCCUUCCUGCUGUUGUUACACUGAGUUAAAUCACCUUUUUCCCCCUUCCUGCUGUUGUUACACUGAUUUAAAUCACCUUUUUCCCCCUUUCUGCUGUUGUUACACUGAGUUAAAUCACCUUUUUCCCCCUUUCUGCUGUUGUUACACUGAGUUAAACCACCUUUUUCCCCCUUUCUGCUGUUGUUACACUGAGUUAAAUCACCUUUUUCCUCCCGACCCGCCCGAGUUCUCCCCAAAGGAAGGAGACAGAGCUCUCUGAGCAGGCUGGAUUUUGCUUGUGGAGGACGAGCAUUUCAAUUUGCCCACGGCGAUGCUUCGUUUUCGAAGCGUUGAAGAAGCUCUGUUGGCUGGUGCAGAAGGUAAAGGUGAGCUCAGUUCUGUGUGUUCCCCCCCGCACUUUGGUUCAUCUGAGAAAAGGAAGAGGAAUCUCACUCCCAUUCUGGUUGUUUCCCACAAAAAGAAAAAAAAAAAAAAAAGAAAAAAAGAAAAAAAGACGUUUUUUUGACCACCCUAAUAAGCUUUUAACUGAUGCAACAAGUUGCUCUUAGGGCAGUAUUACAAAAUAGCUGGUAAGUGCUUCUUUCUGUAUUUAAAUAUUGUGGAGGAAAAAAAAAAAUAAGUUAUAACUGUUAUAAAGCAGGACGUUCAUUACCUUUUUUUUUGUUCGUUUGUUUGUUUUUAAUUGUUGAAGUCACUUUGUACGUUUGGUUAAUGUUUCUGCAGUAUUUAUUAAAAUACCUUUUUUUUUGUUUUGUUUUCCCCCCUUUGAAUUAAAAAAACAACAACAAACAACAAAAAAAAGAGGGAUUUUCUUGUGGUGGAAACGGCCUUUGCGUGGUAGUUCAUUAACAGCUGUGCGUUUUGGGGCGUAAUUGUGCUGGGGUUUGAGCGGGAAUUUUGGGCAUUAAAUUUCCCUC